CACGGCGUCACCCCUCUGCUGGUUGUCCCCACGGCGUCACCUAACGCUGCCUGUCCCCGCCGCGCCGCUCCUCCAUUGCUUGCCCCCAGUGUCACCCCAACGCCUCGUGGCCCCACGGCGUCACCCAACCACCCGUCGUGUCCCCGUAGUGCCACCCCUGUUGGUUGUCCCCAUAGUGUCACCCCAACGCCCCCUGUCCCCGCUGUCAGCCCUCUGCUGGUUGUCCCCACGGUGUCACCGACACCGUCCGUCCCAACCUGCCACCCCUCCGCCGGUUGUUUCUUCGGUGCCAUCCCGACGCCACCCGUCCCCCUGCGUCCCUUCCACCCGUUGUCCCCAUAGCGCCACACCUCCCUCUCGUCCCUCAGUGCCACCCCAACACCGAUUCUCCCCGUGGUGUCACCCUAAUGGUGUCACCCCAACACCUCCUGGCCCCACGGCAUCACCCAACCACCCGUGGUCUCCCCGUAGUGCCACCCCUGUUGGUUGUCCCCAUAGUGUCACCCCAACGCCUCCUGUCCCCGGUGUCACCCCUUUUCUAGUUGUCCCCAUGAUGUCACCUAACACUGCAUGUCCCCACUGUGUCACUCCUCCGUUGGUUGCCCCUCAGUGUCACCCCAACUCCAGUUGUUCCCACGGUGUCACUUCUCUGUCGUUUAUCCCCACAGUUUCCACCCCCCUGCUGGUUGUCCCCACAGUGCCAACCUUCUUCCAGUUGUUCCCACGGUGUCACCAACACCGCCUGUCCCAACGUGUCACCUGUCUGCCGGUUGUUUCUUAAGUGUCACCUCGCUGCUGGUUGUCCCCACGGUGACAUUCCAACAGUUCCUGUCCUCGUUGUGCCACCCCCCCUCCAGUUGUCCCCAUAGUGUCACCCCUCCACUGGUUGUUUCUUCAGUGUCACCACCAGUUGUCCCGCCAGUGCCACCCCUCCACCUGUUGUCCCCAUGGUGUCACCCCAAAACCAACUGUCCCCAUAGUGUCACCCCUCCACCUGUUGUCCCCAUCAUGUCACCCUUCUGCCAGUUGUUUCCUCAGUGUCACCUUCCUACCGCUUGUCCCCAUGGUGUCACACCAACGCUGCCUGUCCCCGUAGUGUCACCCCUCCACUGGUUGUCCCCACAGUGCCACCCCUCUGCUGGUUUUUCCUUCAGUGUCACCUCACUGCCAUUCAUCCCUGUCACUCCAGCACUUCCUGUCCCAAUAAUGUCACCCUUCUGCCAGUUGUUUUGCUGCUGUCGCCCCUCUGCCUCCUGUCCCACAGUGUAACCCCCUGACGGUUGUUCCCCCCUUGUCACCCCAGUGCCAGUUGCUCCCACAGCAUCACCCCCAACCUCUGGUUGUUCUCCCAGUGUCACCCUCCUCCAGUUGCUCCCCCCACUUGUCCCCUGCUCCUCCCAUAGUGUUGUCACACGGCCUCCAGGUGACACUGUACACGCUCCCUGACCAUUCUCUACCGAUGUCACUCCUCUCAUGUCACCCAGCCAUCGCGUCACCUGGCUGCUGUUACCCCCCCUGGUGACAGUGUCACCUCUUCUCUGUCCCCAGGGUCACCCCAUUGUCACCCCGUUGUCACUCACAGCCCCACGUGGUGCUGCCUGUGCCUGCUGCUAUCGAGGGUGACCACCCCCAUCCCCACCGGUGGUGACAGUACUGUGCUGGGUGACACGUGGCUGUAUGCCCCCCCCCAGUCACAGCUGGUGGCCCCUGAAUCACAACUGGUGGCCACAGAGUCACGCUUAUUGGCUGCUAAGUGACAACCGGUGGCUACCAAACCACACUGGAUGACAGCUGGUGACAGCCAAACCAGUGGCCAUCAGUCACAGUCAGCGGCUCCUGGACUACAACCAGAGGUGGCCAAACUACAACUGAUGGCUAAGUUACAACCAGCUGACUGAUUUACAACCGGUGGCCACUACAUUGCAGCCUGUGGCCACUCACUUACAAGCGGUGGUUGUUAAAUUUCAGCUGGUGACCACUCAAUCACAACCAGUGGCUGCUAAAUGACAACUGGUGGCCACCAAAUCACAACCAGUGGCUGCUAAACGACAACCUGUGUCUACCAAAUCACAACCGGUGGUCACUGAAUGACAGCUCAUGGCUGCUAAACAACAACUGGCGGCCCCUAAGUCACCACUGGUGGCUAAUAGCUUACAACCAGCGGUGAGUUUCAACUAGUGGCCACUAAAUUGCAGCUGAUGGCUUAUCAAGUUACAACCAGCAGACACUGACUUAGAGUUGGUGACUGCUAAAUUACAGCCGGUGGCCGCCAAAUCACAACCAGCUGCCACUCAAUCACAGCUGGUGGCCACUAAAUCACAGGUAGCGGCUGCUGAAUCACAACCAGCAGCUCCUGAAUGCCACCCUGCAGCGCUGUCACCCCGCCAGCUGUAGCUGCAACCCCACAACUGGACACUGUUAGGGCUGUUGUGGGGCUGUUGUGGGGCUGUUGUGGGGUUGUUGUGGGGUUGUCAUGGUGAUGUCAUGGGGUUGUAAGGUUGUCAUGGUGGUGUCACAGGGUUAUUGUGGGGUGUUGUGGCGUUGUUCUGGGGCUGCCAUGUGGAUGCUGUUGUUUGCUGUGGGUCUGCCACGUUGUCACCAUGCUGUUGCUACGGUUGUGACAACGCUGUGUCCUUACAGGUGGCCGUGCCGGCUGUGACCCCCCGCCGAAACGCCCGGCAACAACCGCCCCGCUCGGUCCAUGAGGGCCCCGCUCACAGCAGGUGUGGCGCGCGGGGAUGGCAGCGGUGGAGGUGUCGGACGCGGGGCACAGCCGGGCGCUGCUGCUGGAGCUGAACGAGCAGCGCCUGCGGGGACAGUUCUGCGACGUCACCCUCAUUGCGGGGGACACCAAGUUCCGCGCCCACCAGAACGUGCUGGCCGCCUGUAGCCCCUACUUCCGGGAGGCCCUGGGGGCGGCUGCCUGUACCCCCGCCGCGGUGUUGGAGCUGCCGGGGGUGCAGGCGGCGGUGCUGGCCGACGUCCUCAACUUCAUCUACAACGCACGCCUGGCCGUCCCCUCGCCGGCUGUAGCCCGCGAGCUGGGGGCUGUAGGCCGGCGCUUGGGCAUCGCCACCCUCCAGGGGUUGGAGGGCCACCACAACACCGCCUGGAGUCCUCCGACUGCCGGUGACGCCUCUGCCACCACCACGGAGGGACUGGCAGCGCCGGUUGACCUGACAACGUGCGGCGGUCGUCCCAGCGAGGUGACGGAGACAGUGCCAUCAGAGGCACCACCACCGGUGGCUGUAAUCGCAUCGCCAGGUGUAGUGUCGCCAGGUGUAGCCUCGCUGGGUGUCACAUCGCCGGGUGUAGCACCGCCAAGUGUAGCCUCACUGGGUGUCACCUCACCAGGUGUAGCACCACCAAGUGUAGCCUCGCUGGGUGUCACAUCGCCGGGUGUAGCACCGCCGAGCGUAGCCUCACUGGGUGUCACAUCAUCGGGUGUAGCACCGCCAAGUGUAGCCUCACUGGGUGCCACGUCGCCAGGUGUAGCGCCGCCGAGUGUAGCCUCACUGGGUGUCACAUCGCCAGGUGUUGCACUGCCAGGUGUUGUGUCCCUGGGUGUCACCUCACCGGGUGUUGCGUUGCCGGGCGUAGUGUCCCUGGGUGUAGCGUCACCGGGUGUCGCGUUGCCAGGUGUAGUGUCGCCAGGCGCAGCACCGCCAGGUGUAGCUUCUCUGAGCGUAGUACCACCAGGUGUGGUGUCACCGGGCGUAGCAUCCCUUGGUUUAGCAUCACCAGGUGUAGCCUCACCAGGUGUGGUUUCACCGGGCGUAGCGCCGCCGGGUGUGGCAUCCCUGGGUGUAGCAUCGCCGGGUGUCACGUCACCGGGUGUGGCAUCGCUGGGUGUCACCUCUCUGGGUGUAGCGCUGCCGGGUGUCGCGUCGCCAGGUGUCGCGCUGCUGGGUGUGACAUCACCGGGUGUAGCCUCGCCGGGUGUAGCAUCCCCUGGCACAGCCUCCCCGUCCCCGCUGCGCUGCGGGCUGUGCGGCCGGGUGUUCGGCACCGCGGCGGCGCUGGGGCUGCACAGCAAGCUGCACCGCGCGCGGCGGGGGUUGGCGUGCCGCCACUGCGGGAAGAGCUUCAUCCACGUCAAGAGGCUGCAGACGCACGAGGUGUUGUGCGAGAAGGACGGCGCGGACAACACCGCGACCGCUGCCGGCACGGCGACGGCAGCACCGCCAACACCGCCACAACCACCGCCAACACCGCAACCGCCAAGCAAGAAGGCGCUGCUGCUUCGACACCGCGCGCUGGAGGUGGCUGAGCCGGAGCGCGGAGAGCCGGCAGCCGGCAGCACGGCGGCGGACAACCGGCGCACGGUGUACCUAUGUGCCGUCUGCCAGCGCUCCUACGUCACCCUGUCCAGCCUGAAGCGGCACGCCAACGUGCACUCGUGGCGGCGGCAGUACCCCUGCCGCUACUGCGACAAGGUGUUUGCCCUGGCCGAGUACCGCACCAAGCACGAGGUGUGGCACACCGGCGAGCGCCGCUACCAGUGCGUCUUCUGCUGGGACACCUUCGUCACCUACUACAGCCUGAAGGCGCACCAGAAGGCGCUGCACGGCAUCAGCCCCGGCCUCAUCGCCUCCGAGAAGACCCCCAACGGUGGCUACCGGCCCAAGCUCAACGCGCUCAAGCUCUACCGCCUGUUGCCCAUGCGGGCGCACAAGCGGCCUUACAAGACCUACAGCCAGAGCCUGGCGGCUGACGGCCUCCAACAACCGCCGGCGGCUGCCUUUGUCACUCCGCGCCCGGCGGAGCCGGCAUCGGUCAUCGCCUACGGGCGACCCUCAGCCUCCGUCAUCGUGCACAGCGGCACCGCGACCGCCGCCGCCGCCACCACCGCCACAACCACCGCCUCCGUCAUCGCCUACAACGGCACGGCCGCGCAGCCCAGCUCACCACCCGCCUCGCCGCCGGUGAAGCCGAUGAAGAAGCAGGUGCUGCGUGACUACUUCGAGGCGCAACGUGCGGCAGCUGCGGCGGUGCCCACCACCCCCGGCACGGUGACACCAACAGCCGGCGUGACCACGGCCUCCGGGCGUACCAUGACCUACGUGGCCAAACCGGCCUACGUGGGGACGAGCAGCGAGAGCCGCGCCGCGCCGCUGUGCCAAAUCACCGUCCGCAUUGGCGAGGAGGCCAUCGUCAAGCGGCACAUCUCCGAGACCGACCUCCGCCUACAGCCGGAUGGCGGCACCGCAGCCACCACGACGGCCAGUGCCACGGGGUCACCCGCCUCGCGGCCCCGCGACAGCGCGGAGGAGGACAGCGAUGGCGAGGACCGGCUGUGGAGGCCGUACUACAGCUACAAGCCCAAGAGGAAGGGCGGCGGGAGCAACACCGCGACCAAAGGGCGGAAAUCCAGGUGGCGGCGGCCGCUGCGGGCGCUGCGUUGGGGGGCGGCUGACGGCGAGGAGGGGGGAAUGCGGGGGUCGCGGGGCAGCCCGGGGGGCACGGAGUGGAAGUACAGCUGUGGGGUGUGCGGGAAGCCUUUCUCGGCACUGAGGAAGCUGCGGAAGCACGAGCGGGGCCACGAAGGGGGACAGGCGGCGGUGGGGGGACUACAGGCGGCGGCGACAGGCAGCGGCGGGGUGACGGCGCGGGUGGGCCGGCGGCCGUCGCUGCGCUUUGCCUGUGAGCAGUGCGCCAAGGUGUGCAAAACUGCCGCCGCGCUGAGCCGGCACAACCGGCGACACUGGGGGACAACAAGCGGCACGGGGUCACCUGCCGGUGUCAUCGCCUACAACACUGCCGGGGAGGAGGAGGGCGAGACAGGCGGCGGUGACAGCCUGACACCAGGUGACAGCAUGGCGCUGGGCUGUGGUGGUAUCACAACGCCGGGUGAUGGUAGCGCUGGUCACGGUGACACCGUGACGGCUGGUUGUGGUGAGAAAGCUGCACUGGGUCACAGUGACACUGUCACAGCAGGUCGUGGUGACAAAGUGAUAGCAGGUCACGGUGACGAAGCGACACCCGGUGUUGGUGACAAAGUUCCACUGAGUCACAGUGACAAAACGGCACCGGGUCCUGGUGACAAAGCCACGCCGAGUGUUGGCAGCACUGUGACACCGGGUCCCGGUCACACUGUCACAGCAGAUCACGGUGACAAAACGACACCGUGUCGCGGUGACAAAGCCAUGCCAGGUCUUGGUGAUGCCGCAGCACCAGGUCCUGGCAGCACCAUCACUCCAAGUCACGGUGACGAUGCACCACCGGGUCUCGCCACACCGGCUCACGGUGACAAAACAACAGCACGGCACGGUGACAAAACAGCACCUGCUGCCACCCCCGUGUGGGCCGACAGCAGCGCCGUACCGCCGGCUCACGCUGACAGCACCACGCCGGGUGACAGCAGCAACACCGUGCCGGGUGACACCAUGGGUGACACCACGGGUGACGCCGUUGUCCCCCUCGGGCCUCCCUACCCCCCCCAGGAACACCCGUUGGCUCUCCUGGCACGGGCGGGGGCCGCAGAGGAGCUCGGGGGGGGUCCCAAACUCGGUGCCCCCCCCCCUCCGAGGCCGCCCCCUCCCCCCGCCCCUCCGGGCCCCACAUUUACGCUGCCCUAUGCCCCCACCCGGCUGUUGGCCGCCUACCCCUACCCCUUCGCCCUCCCCAUGGCGCUCCGCGUGGUCCUCCCCGAUGCUGAAGCGUUUUUGGGGACGACGACGACGACAACGACGAGGGGAGGGGGAACCCCAAAUCAACCCCCCCCUGCUGCCUCUGCUUUCGGCUUUCCCGGUGGGGAGGGACCCCAGAAAGGAGGGGGGAAAUGAGUGUGGGAGGGGGUGUCUGAGUUAAGGGGGGGGAGCUGAAUGUGUGGGGCAGAGAUAAGUUGGGGGGGGGGCGCCCCCUCCGCAGUGAGAUAUGGGGGGGGUCCCAUUGACAGAGGGGAAAUUCUGUUUGUGUGGGGCUCCCCCAUAGAAGUGGGGGCACAGAGAUGAGGGGAGGGCACUGCCCCAUAGCGGGGCGGGGGCUCAGAAGUAUGGGGGGGAUCCUGCCCCAUAGGGAACAAUGGGACCCAUAGGGCUGGGGAAGAGGGGCGUAGAGGACAUAGGACCUCCUCUCGACCCCCCCUCCCCCCAGAGAGGGGACCCCAAUAUUUUAUUUGGGGGGGGGGGGGGGGGAAAGAGAGGAGCUGGGGGUGCCACAGGGACCAGUAUGGGACUGGGGGGGCACUGGGUGUACUGGAGACCCCCAUACACCACCCCUCAUUUUGUGGGAACCCCCCCCAAUAUUACAGCCCCCCCUCAUCCCAGUCUUCCUAUAUUAUACCCCCCACCCCUUGUCUUCCUCCGC